UCAACGGACUAAUUCUCCGCGCUGCAGUUAAGAAGACAUUGUCAUACGUAACAUUUUUGAAAAGAUAUUUUACACGUUACCAAAGAAAACUGCUUUUAGAAAGCUUUCUUCAAGCGUCGUCCGAAAACUUCGUUAUUUUAAAAAUACGACGACCUCAUGAACACAAGGCAUGGUGUCGGAGACAUAGCUUUUUAGUUCAUGACAGAAUAUCAUAUUUCAGUUCUGUCGCUGUCUUGUGUUGAGCGGGGCCUGAUAUGGAGUUAACAAAGAGCUAAUGCCAAGUGGAUUCAUUUUUACUUUACUCCUUUCAUAUACGUUUUAAAAUUUCAAAGGUUCACCUCUAAUACAGUUGGCACAUUGGAGAUUUGUCCCAAAGUACACAGAAAUGGGGGAGCAGCCAAUCUUCACCACGCGGGCUCAUGUCUUCCAAAUUGACCCCACCACCAAGAAGAACUGGGUCCCUGCGAGCAAGCAGGCCGUCACCGUCUCCUACUUCUACGACAGCACCCGCAACAGCUACCGCAUCAUUAGCGUGGAUGGGUCUAAGGUAAUAAUUAACAGCACAAUCACUCCCAACAUGACGUUCACCAAGACCUCUCAGAAGUUUGGCCAGUGGGCAGACAGCCGCGCCAACACAGUCUUCGGUCUGGGCUUUGCCUCCGAGCAACUGCUCACCAAGUUUGCUGAGAAAUUCCAAGAAGUGAAGGAGGCUGCAAAAAUGGCAAGAGAAAAAUCUCAAGAAAAGAUGGAAACUUCCAGCAACCAUUCCCAGGAAUCUGGCCGCGAGACUCCCUCGUCCACCCAGGCCUCCAGCAUGAACGGGACGGACGAUGAGAAGAUUUCCCACGGCGGGCCGGAGAACGCGGUGCUGAAGAGCGAGAACGACCGACUGAAGACGGCCGUAGAGCAAAGCAACACCAAUGCCAAGAAAUGGGAGACGGAAUUACAGACCUUGAGAGAGAGCAACGCACGCCUGGUGGAUUCCCUGCAGGAGUCCAAUGCCAACGUGGAGAUGUGGAAGAAACAGGUGGCCACGUACGAGGAAGAAGGAAACCAACUCAGGAAUAAGAUUGCGGAGCUGGAAACCCAGUGUAAUGAGGUGAAUCAGGAGAAAGAGAGGAACGCCCAGCUGACUGUCAAAGUACAGAAACUGGAGGCUGAGCUUCAAGACAAAGAGCAGGAACUGGAGAAUCUGAGGAAACAAGCUGAGACCAUUCCACAGCUCAUGGCCGAGUGUGAGAAUCUUACAGCCAAAUUACAGACUGCUGAGGCGGCGAAUAAGGAUUUGGCGGCGAAGAUUGAGGUUCUCCAGGGUGACGUGGAGGACAGUCAGCAGAAACAGGGCCACAUGAAGAUGGAACUGAAGAAGUUUAUGGAUAUUUUGGAUGGCAAGAUCGACGAGCUCCAUGAAGUGAGACAGGGACUGUCCAAACUGGGCAUUGAUAACUGAGGCCGGGGGGGGG